GUAGUUCACAAGCGUGUUCAGAUUUUGUGUUCGAAGUCACUAAUUUUUCAUGAUGGCUGCACUCCGCCCCUUCAUCCGUCUGCUUCCUCAGUUACGUCCUGUUGCAGUCCGAUGUGCCUUCCUUCCCACGCAGAUAGGUGGUGUCAGUGCCAGUCGUUACUCUCUGCUUUAUGGACAAGAGAGAGGUGUUGCACCAUCAUGCCAUCAAAUUGUCUUUUUUAGAGGCUAUGCUAAGAAAGGCAAAAAAGAGAAAGGAGGAAAAGGAAAAGUGCACAAAGUUGACCUCUCCCCUGAAGAGAUUGAAGAAGUGAUUAAUUAUGAUAAGAUGGUGUCGCAUUUUGAUGAUGCUCUAGAACAUUUAAAACAGGAAUAUAUCAAACAAUUAUCACUUAGGACUAACAUUGGCGCCUUUGAUCAACUAAUCAUUGAGACAGAUGAUGGAAAGUUUCCUCUCAACCAACUGGCUCAGAUUGUCCAGAAAAAUCCUCAGUUGAUUGCCAUCAAUUUAGGACCAGUACCUCAGUAUAUUCCAACUGUGACUGAGGCCCUGAGUAAAUCUGGGAUGAAUGUUAAUCCACAACAAGAUGGAAACAUGAUAUUUGUUGCACUGCCAAAAGUAACCCGUGAACAUAGAGAAACAUUAGCCAAGAAUGCCAAAACGUUAUGUGACCGAUCAAAAGUAAAAUUUAGAGACAUUCAUAAUAAAUACUCAAAAAGUGCUAAGAAGAACAAAGCCGUGUCUGAGGAUACUGCCCAUGAAGUUAUAGAAUUGAUUCACAAUAAACUCCAUGACUACCAGAACAAAGCUGAUGACCUGAUGCAUAAAAAGCAGCAAGAGAUUCUUGGAGGGAAAUAAACCGGAUCAAAACGGCUUUGUGACUUUGAUAGGGACUUCUGAGGGAUUUACCAUUGCACUCAUGUCUGUCGGAGUCCGUCAUUGUUAUCAGAACGACACGAUUCGAUAUCAGAGCAAAUAUUUAUGAGUGUUCAGAGACUUCGAAUGGACAAUGCACUUUGAUGUACAUGUACAUACAUACUGGUGACAAUCCAAGCUCAACAUCGGUUUACUACUUUACAAUGCCAGUUGGGGCAAUGUUUUGAAUGGUAUUACAUAAACUGUGCUCAGGAGACCAAUAUCAUGUGC